AAUGUCCAAUAAACUUCCAUUUAAACUUCUGGGUUUGUUUCUUUGAAAGCAUGUCUACCAGGGCAGUUGCAGCUAUAUCAUCUGAUAAAACUCCUAUUUGCUUCAUUCUGUGAUGGAUGUCCACACCCCGUUCCAAGGCUCCGAUUUUGGUACAGGCAGAGGGGAUGCUGCCAAAGAUCGCAGAUUCUUGAUUUACACCCGCCAAUUACAUUUGAUUUGAAUGUUUAUAGACUCUUUUCAACAAAUGCAUUUUGUGCAUAUCCUACAAUCAGAGCAUGCACGACACUACAUUUCUUUGAGGCAUUCUGUGAAAGAGUUUACGUGCCUUGUCUUUGCUUCCACAUAGAACAUACAUGUUUACCAGAGCUUUUUGCCCUAUUCCGAAGCUCCCAUUAUACCUUCUGCAGCAACCAUUUGCAUACCCAAAAAUAACUGAAUCGCCCUUCCGCAGGAAAAUUACCCGCGAUUCAGAAUGAUGCUGGCAGCAUUAAAUCGAUUACGGUCAUCCACCUAUUUUCGCGCGGGAGCAGUUUAAAUUUAAGAGUUAACAACGAUAACCUCUUUGAACGGGAACGGACGGUGAAAGGGCAGGCCCACACCUGCCACCCUAAGCGGUCAAUGUUUAGAGUGUGCUGGUUAAGCCCAGCCAAGAAGACAUUCAUGUACAUAACAAAAAAUGGCGGCAAAUGACUAGACUAAGUGGACUGUCUUACAUGGAGUAAAUAACUGGGAGAGUGCAACAUCUAUAUCGAAUAGAGGUGGGAGAGGGAGAGGGAGAAGGAGAGGGAGAAGAUGGAGAUUAGGGUGCUGAAUGUGGCGGAGAAGCCAUCGGUGGCGAAGACUGUGGCGCAAAUUCUGUCUCACAACAAUUGCCAAACGAGGGAUGGGCGCUCGCGUUACAACAAAAUAUUCGAAUUCAAAUACAUGAUAAACAACCAGCGUUGUCAUAUGCUUAUGACAUCUGUUACGGGACACCUCAUGGAGCUUGAUUUCCACGAUCAAUACAGAAAGUGGCAUUCUUGUGACCCCACUGUUCUCUAUACCGCGCCCGUAAGGAAAUAUGUUCCCCAGGAGAAACAAGAGCUGAAGAUGACCUUAGAAGAGGAGGCCAGGAGAUGCCAAUGGCUUGUUUUAUGGCUUGAUUGUGAUAUGGAAGGAGAGAACAUUGCAUUUGAGGUCAUAGAUGUGUGUCAGGCUUCUAAUCCUCAUCUUCAUAUACGGAGAGCUCACUUUUCAGCUUUGAUUGAAAGAGAUAUUCAUGAAGCUGUGCAAAGGUUGGGCCAACCAAAUCGUUUCUUUACUGAUGCAGUUGAUGCCAGACAGGAAAUUGAUCUUCGGAUUGGUGCCUCCUUCACACGGUUUCAAACUAUGUUAUUGCAAGAUGCUUUUUUGCUUCCUUCUUCCGAGGACGAGAGAAAACUUGUCUUAAGUUAUGGACCUUGCCAGUUUCCAACUCUUGGUUUUGUUGUUGAGAGAUAUUGGGAAAUACAAGCACAUGAGCCAGAAGAAUACUGGACAAUAAAUUGUUCUCAUACCUCAGAGGAUAGCACAGCAACAUUUAAUUGGGCGCGGGGGCAUCUGUUCGAUUAUGCAUGUGCUGUAAUAAUUUAUGAAAUGUGUGUGGAGGAACCCACUGCAACUGUUACAAAUGUAAUUCAUCAAGAGCGGCGGAAAUAUCCACCUUAUCCACUAAGCACCAUUGAAUUACAAAAACGUGCUUCCCAUUACUUCCGUAUGAGUUCAGAACGUACCAUGAAGGUAGCAGAGGAGCUAUACCAGUGGGGUUUUAUUAGUUACCCUCGUACUGAGACUGACCACUUCUCAGAAAAUGCAGAUUUACAGGCAAUAGUGCGAGAUCAACAAGAGCAUCCUGUAUGGGGAACAUAUGCACAGCGGCUGCUUAACCCUGAAGAAGAUCUUUGGAGAAAUCCUGGCAAUGGAGGUCAUGAUGACAAAGCACAUCCACCUAUUCACCCAACUAAAUUUUCAGCAGGCGAAUCAAAUUGGAGUCCAGAUCACAAGAAACUUUAUGAACUGGUUGUACGGCAUUUCCUUGCUUGUGUAUCACAACCUGCUCUAGGUGCUGGGACGACAGUUGACAUUGAUAUUGCUGGUGAAAAGUUUUCAGCUUCUGGUCUCAUGAUUAUAAUGAAAAACUACCUGGAAAUUUAUAAAUAUGAAUCUUGGGGAGGCUCUGUUAUUCCAACAUUUAUUCGUGGACAACAGUUUGUUCCAACUAGGUUGACACUUGAUGCAAGUGUGACAAGACCUCCUCCUCUAUUGAGUGAAGCUGACUUGUUGGGUUGUAUGGAUAAGGCGGGCAUUGGUACUGAUGCAACUAUGCAUGAUCACAUAAAGAAGCUCCUAGAUAGGUGCUAUGUAACUAAAGAUCCAAAUACUCGAUUCUGUCCAACAAACCUGGGGGAGGCGCUUGUUAUGGGUUAUGAUGCUAUGGGAUAUGAACUCUGGAAACCAUACCUUCGAGCCAUGAUGGAAGGUGACAUGAAAGCUGUGAGUAUAGGCUCAAAGACAAAAGAUGAAAUUUUGGCUACUUGCUUGCAGCAAAUGAAAGCAUGCUUUGUUGGUGCGAAGUCUAAUAAGGAGAAACUUUUUGAAGCUAUGGAACUUUUCUUUGAAAGGUCUCAAAGACAAGGAGGUGGGGAGCAACAUGCUGUUGGAGAAAUUGUUUGUCAUUGUAAACUUUGCCAAGCAUCUGAUAUGGUUCUCAAAAAAAAACCAGAUGGAAAGUUCAUGGUUGGAUGCCUCAAUUUUCCACUUUGUAGAAAUGUCGUAUGGUUGCCAGGAGCAAUAUCUGAAGCUGUAGUGACUAAUCAAUCUUGCAACACUUGCGUGCCAGACCACAUUUUCAAAAUCCAGUUUAAAUUUCGACGAAUGGAAAUACCAGCCCAAUACAGCACAGAACAUUUGGGCUGUAUCGGCGGUUGUGAUGGGAUCCUCAAGGAAUUGAUUGAGAUAUGUGGAACUGGCCCAGCAAGAGGGCGACAACCUGCACAAGCACCUGUAAACUCUCGGCAGAGUGCAUGUCGGAAUUGUGGACAGCCAGGUCAUAGUUCUAAUGAGUGUCCUCAGCUACCUAGAGGGCGCCCAUCUGUUAACUCAAGCAGAGGAGGAAGAGCAAGUUCAAGCAGAGGAAGAGCACCCUCGACCAGAGGAGGAAGGGCGAACCGAACAAGUAGCACCAGUAGCAGAGGAAGAAGACAGGGAAAUGGUAGUUUUGUAAGUGCCACCGGUGAGCAGCUUUCUGCUGGAGACAGAAGGUGCUUUGUUUGUGGAGAUCCUUCCCAUUUCGCAAAUGCUUGCCCUAACCGUGCAUGAUAAUUAAUUUUAUUAUCUAUUUGGCUUCCAUCCUGCUAAUGUGUUUCAUUUUGCCAACCACAAUACUGUCAUCAUGUUCUAUAAUAUAUUACCUCGGAUAGAUUAUAUUUUCAUCGAUUUUGACCAUGGAUUUUAGGCCUUUGUGUUUUGGAGGAUUAUGAAACUGACUACCAAUUGCAUGUGCAAAACAAACUUCCACAUAGCAAAUGAUAUGAGUUCUUUCUUAUUUCUCUAA